CGACACCUACUUUGCCUUUCUUGACCUUCCGUUCACCAUUGCGGCUUGCUUGAUAAAGGUGAUAGUACAGAAGGCGAGGAUUUAAUUCUCUUUCCAUUUAAUUAGUGGUAUUGAAGCAAUUUUUUUCCAACAUCAAGAUGUAUGCUUGCACUACUCCAUUUGUCCGAGCCAUGAUGGCUUCUGCUGUUCGAUCAUCUGCACGACCAUUAAGUGCCGCAAUGUCCACGAAAGUCAAUCAGCAGCCAUUUCGUGAAAACCAGACCCCAGCUAAAGUUCUUCCUUGCAGCACGCUAUCCUCUGCUUUAAUAUCGCAAUUUUCUCGGCCCAUUCACACAAGUGUUGUUCAAAGGGAUAUCGAUUCUGCUGCUAAAUUUAUUGGAGCUGGAGCUGCUACAGUUGGUGUUGCUGGAUCUGGAGCCGGUAUCGGGUCAGUAUUCGGGAGCCUUAUUAUCGGCUAUGCAAGAAAUCCAUCUUUGAAGCAGCAAUUGUUUUCAUAUGCUAUUUUAGGAUUUGCCCUCUCUGAAGCCAUGGGUCUCUUUUGCUUGAUGAUGGCUUUCUUGCUGCUAUUCGCAUUUUAAAUUUGCGAAACUGUUAGAAUCAUUUAUUUGUAACUUUCAUAGACGAAAAAAAAAAAAAAAAAAAAAAAAACAAUGUUCAGAAGAAAACAUAUAGUUAAUUGUAAUCGGCGAAUAAAUAUUUAAUUUCGAAUUGUGUUAAUUCGUCAUUAUCUUGUAAAAGUUAUCGAAAAUUUAUUGUUGCUUAUGUCCAUUCAACUUCCAAUUUUGUUACCUCGAUGUACUAAACCAGUUUCACUGCAACUAAAGAACUUUCACAUCUAUUAUUAUUUUUAGUAGUUUAAGAAUUUGUUGAAAUCGAUUUAUGGUAAAUUAAAUUUUUUGUACUCAA